AUGACGAUGGAAUGGGCAGGAGUUCUGCCAAGUCAACUGUCACUUGUUUGUUUCCUUCGUUUACAAACUGUCACCGCUCCAAUAUUUUUCGAGCUUGAGGUAUUUUUUUUUCACUUGCGGAACCGAUCCUCGCAACAACCUUCCCCGCAAUCCACCAGCAAUCUGUGCAAGAAGCCCAGUGCGGAUCUGCGCUCCGACCCAGAAAUUGCCGACAAGACCAUCGACUGCCUCGGACUUGGGAUUUCACCGGAGAUCGAUUCGACGGUGCGGAUUUGCGCCGGCUGUGCCGAACGCGUCGACGCGCAGCACGCCUUCCGGACGCGAGACCUGCACUCCAACAGUUACGUCGAGAACGGGCUGGAGGACAAGGAAGACGAGGACGUGUGCCGGUUCUGCUUGAAGGCGGAUGGCGGGGCGGCGUUGGUCGAGUUGUUUCCGGGCGGCGGCGGGAGCGUGGCGGAUGAGGUGCAAACGGUGCGGGAUUGUUUAGGGGUUGAGAUCAACAGCUGGGAUAAGUUGACGAAGAUUUACGGAGAUUGUGUGGGCGAUGUUGAAGAGUUGGCUGAAUUUCGCGCGGAAUGAUGAAGCU